GCGCCCUUGCUUUGCUGCUUUGUCUGGGUUCUCGGCUACGAUGGUGGUUGCCGCCGUCUUCAAUGCCUGGCAGCAUGACAUCCUCAGCCGCACGUUCAGCCUCCACAAAUGCAGAAGCAUUACCCCGCUGGAGGUGUGUUCACUUCUUAGUCUUUUUGCAGUAAUCUAUUAAAUAUCAGCUGGGCAAGAUUGCGCUGUGAGCUGCGAUUCUCGUACCUACUUUUCAUCUUGUUACAAACAUACAGUCGCAUCGUCAACAUAGUCAUGGAUUACAUAUAUGACCGUUGGCUGGAUCGAGUGGAAGGAUACGACGUACAUGCGAUCGCUCGAUCUCCCGCCGAACAAGUCCGCAUCGAUACCUCGGCCGCCCUGCCUCGAAAUGUCAGUCUUAUGCUCGAGCUCGAUCUACAAGGGAUUAAGCCUCCAAAGCUUCUCCCGCUGUCAGAGGUUCCGCCGGCCACGUUGCAGGCACAGAUGCCAGAAACUGCGCAAAUCUUCCUUUGCUCGUCACACAAAGACGCACGUUUCAUUUUCGAACUUCGCCAGAUCGAGUCUUCGGUAAGAUAUAUCGAAAGAGUAAAUCACCAAAGAAACGGCCUCGAAAGAUACGCCUUCCAAUCCAACAAUACAUCAAACGCCGACGAAGAACUGCUUAUGCCAUAUGAUCCGCGAUGCCUCCUUGGUUGGCUUUCUAUACAGCCUGGCCAGGUUCACAAGGUGCUCUUAUCCGAAUAUGCGAUGAUACCAUCAGAAAGGCGCAUGAAUCAGCUUGUAGUGCGCAGUCAGAUGCAUAUGAUCCGAGGUGCCGAGAACCACUAUACGGCUGUUUGGUUCGAUUUCCGAGAUCAGUACGACGUCAGCAGCGUAUACAAGUUCAGCGUACCUGGUGAGGAAAUGUUCGGUGUACCUGACGAAGAAAAGUUCGGCGUACCUGAUAAUUCUGUCCCAGCCUCGAUCUGGCAGCGGCGAUCUGCUUGUAGAUUCUUGGAAAUGCUCAAUGAGCCUAUACGCCAUGCCAUGGAUUUCCCGAGUUUCUUGUUGCUGGAACUUCUGAAAACUGAUAUCACGAUAUUCGAGAAGUUCAUUCUGCUAGAGCAGGAACUGCUACCUGUAGACACCCUUGCUCCUGUCGUUACGAAACACCUUGACAACCGCCUUGCUGGUCUCGAAUUCACCCAAUCGAUUAUACGAAAGGCUGAGGAGAUGCAUAGAUUCGUUACUCAUAUGAGUGAUCCUCGGGUUCUGGACCUUAUCACGAAGGAGUUUCGUGCAAACUACCAGAAAACCCUUUAUCGACUUGAGAUAGGAAGCUCGCUCCUGGUAUCGCAGUUCAAGCAUCUAGAGGAAGUGGCUGACAAACGCCUGGAUGUAUACAACCGGUUCGCGCAACAACGACAAGCUUUGAGUCUAUCAGCCUUGACUUACUGUGCCGCAUUUUUCCUACCACUCUCGCUUGCUGGCACAUUUCUCAGUAUGCAAAGUCGAGCCAUUGACUUACAUCUGAUAGUAUAUGACCUUUGUGGCAUCACCUCAGUAUUUUGCACUCUCGCUGCAUUUAUCUACUUUCUUUCUUGGGCAUGGUCUCACGUAAAGACAAUUCAUCUCAACCGACGUUUGAAGAAAGGCAAGACUCGGGUACCCCCAUUAGGAGGAUCAUUGUCUACGCAGAUUAUAUGUGGUGUUGCAUGGAUAUCGAUGGUGUGCUCGUUUCUGGUUGGGAUGCUGCACAAUCUCCGACUGGGUCUGAUCAUGCUUUCUGUACCCACCGCUCUCAUUAGCCUGACAACAAUAUAUUUCUUUGGCCUUGGGUUAUACUGGGGUUACCACGCGAUGAAAGCAACUUUUGAUGAGUAUGCGAAGCGUGGAAUGGACUUAAUGAGGUACUCAAGGGAGAAAUCAAGGCUAAGAACAAGCAGCGCCAACGAACCAAGUGUGGCGUAGAACUCGGAUAAAGCUUUCGGUAUGGAGAUAAAUGAUGACCGCUAUACGAAACUAAUACAUGUUACCAUGGAUGAUCCCAUACUGUUCCAAUGCUACAUGUACGCACCGUGUUCCUCGUCAUUUUUGGCUCUACUCCUUUUUGCCUUCCACCCUCCUCGCCUGAAUACGAUUUCUCAUUCCCAAUAUCUCAUUCUGCGCCCGAAUCGUCAUGGUCAACUGAUAUAUCAUUAUGCUGAGGAUUACAAAGGCGAUGGCAAGGAGAAAGAAAACGAACGUAAGCGUGCUGAUGAGAGACUGAGUUUCCGCAGGGAGAACAAUGCGCUGGUCGAAGGACACCAUGAUAUCUAUCGCAAUCAGUCUCGAGCCUGUCAGGGCCUAGAAAGCUGAAAAUGGAGAAGG